UUUACUAUGUUGUAACCAUGUUGACCCGGAAGUAGCUAGCCAGUUAUAGUGGAACGGAGCCCGCGGCUGUCCCUACCUCCUCCUUUCUCCUCCUGCUGCUCCUGCCUCCUCACCUGUCACAGGACUACAUCCUCUCACACAGAGACAUUAACAGACAGCAGUGCCAGCUACGCUGCGGGGGUGUACGGCUCGUUGUACCGCGGUCCAGUGUCAGGUUCACACAGUGAGAUGCCCAGAAAGGCGCGCUUCACCUGCAGAGCUCGAGACAGCUUGUGACUGAGUGCUGAGCAGCAUCCCGCGGUCCUCUUCAGCAGCCACCGGCGGGAGGUUUGAAAAGUCAGUGUCAUGACUGGGGCUGAGAAUGAGGAUGAUAUUCCAUUAGGUGAAAGGAAGACUGUCACAGAUUUCUGCUAUCUCCUGGACAAGUCCAAACAACUCUUCAAUGGGCUAAGAGACCUCCCUCAGUAUGGACACAAGCAGUGGCAGUCCUACUUUGGACGGACAUUUGACGUGUACACUAAGCUGUGGAAGUUCCAGCAGCAGCACAGGCAGGUUCUGGACACUCGGUAUGGCUUGAAGAGAUGGCAGAUUGGAGAGGUUGCUUCUAAAAUUGGACAGCUUUACUACCACUACUACCUUCGUACCUCAGAAACGAGUUACCUGAACGAGGCCUUUUCCUUCUACUCAGCCAUCCGCCAGCGCUCCUACUACUUCCAGGUUAACAAAGAGGACAGGCCGGAGUUAGUGGUGAAGAAGCUUCGAUAUUACGCUCGCUACAUAGUCGUCUGUUUACUGCUGAACAAGAUGGACCUAGUCAAAGUUUUGGUUAAGGAGUUGUCCGAGGAAAUUGAAGACUACACGCAGAGGUUUAACACAGAGGACCAGCUGGAAUGGAACCUGGUUCUACAGGAGGUGGCAGCUUUUGUAGAGGCAGAUCCAGUGGUAGUUCUGAACGACAACAGUUCUGUGGUUGUCACCAGCAACCGUCUGCAGGAGAGCAGUGUGCCCCCGCUGGAGCAAGGCAUGGUGGUGGGGCAGCUCGUGCUUGCAGAUGCACUCAUCAUCGGAAACUGUAACAACCAGGUGAAAUUCAGUGAGUUAACCAUCGAUAUGUUCCGCAUGCUUCAAGCUUUGGAGAGGGAGCCUGUAAAUCUGGCCACACAGACCUCCAAACAGGGAGCGCUGGAACCCAACGAGAAGCCAGCUAAAAGGGAAAACCCUCACAAGUAUCUGCUGUACAAGCCCACCUUCAGCCAGCUUUAUACCUUCCUGUCUGCCUCUUUUAAGGAAUUGCCUGCCAACAGCGUCCUGCUCGUGUACCUGUCAGCGACCGGAGUGUUCCCCACCGGAAAUUCAGACUAUGAAGGACCGUAUGAUUUUGGAGGAGUUCUCACCAACACAAAUCGAGAUGUGGUGAACGGAGAGACGGUGCAGAAGAGGAAUCAGGCCCAGAAAGAAAUGCACUGCCUUCAUCCAGGAGACUUAUUCCCUUUCACCCGGAAACCACUUUUUGUAAUUGUGGAUUCUACAAACAGCAAAUCUUACAAGCAUUUCACAAAUCUGUUUGGCCAGCCUCUGGUGUGCCUACUAUCUCCUACUGUGUAUCCUAAGAGUGUGCAAGAUCAGUGCCAGCGGGGCAGUCUGUUCACUCUGUUCCUGUACAGCCCGCUGCUGGCCUUCUCCUCGGUGUGCGGCCUGAGCAGCGUGCACCGCAGCCUCUGGGAGAGGGCACAGGAAUUCCUUCAUAAAGUCUACCGUGACAUCGGGCAAAUGAUAACUCGAUCGCGGACUAUAGAUCAAGCCUUUUUGCAAUUCUUUGGUGACGAGUUCCUCCGGCUGCUUCUGAUCCGCUUUGUGUUCUGCUCCGCUGCUCUGAGGCUGCAUAAACUCUUCCGGGAGGCCCAGAGUUUCCCGGAGUCGUACCCUGAGCUCCCUAAGCAGGACACAGUGGAGAGCAGUCUCCUACAGAAGCACAUUUUGGAGCUGGCCACCAUGCUGGACGUGCAGAGCUUAUUUUGGGAUGAUUCACUGGAAGCAUACUAACAUGUUGUUGUCGGGCAGAAUGGCACCAUGUACAGACUCACUGCCAGCGCCCUCACAGCUCUCUGUUUUUUCUUCUUUUUUUACAGGUAACUUUUUUUUAGCAUAAACACGUUAAUGUCUUGCAUCUAACUGUGUGAGCAAAUGUAGUGCAACAUUAAUCUUCACAAAGAAAGGCCAGAAAAUAUGACAUACUAUUUUGUUUUGACUCAGAAGCUUGUCUCAAAUCAAAAAGCAUCACAUAAGACUUAAGAGUGAACAAGUGAGAGGCUGCAGAAACAGUUCUACUCAUCAUUCCCCUUCAACAUGUAAAGUAACAAUCUGCAGCCUCUCACAGAUAAUUGUUGCCAGUCUUUUCUUUUUCUUCUAGUAUUUAUUCAUGUUUAUUAGAAUGGAGGUUGUGACAGCCUGUGUGACUGUACUUGUAGGCUGAGCAGAGAGAACAAAAGCCUUCACUCGGCAGUAAAAGUGAGCAACAAGAAUAAUGUCUGCACGUUAAUCGCACACAGGUUGCAAUUUAAAAAUAUUUCACCAAAAAUGGUUUCCUGGUACUUGCCAAACAGCUGUAAAACAGCUUCAAGUGUAGCAGGCGGGUGCAUGAGGUUCUGUUGUGUGUCGUAGCUCCCCAUUAUUGUAAAGAUAACACACAUUAACCAGCAUCCCAUCUAUUACCUUUAAUAGUCCGUUUUUAAACAGGGUUAUUGCUUUUCCACAUCACUGUGCUGUCUGCAUGCUGAAAGACACAGAGAGGUUUCUGUUUAGUUGUUUUAGUCCACCUCUGCCUUUGAGGAUACUAAAGGCUUGUAGGUUUAAGUGGCACAGGGUUGGGAGGUAAAUGGAGCCAGUGCAUGUGUUGCAUGCGCCUGUACAUUUCGUAGUAGUGCCAACAAAUGAAGACAAUCUAGAUGAAUAGCAGAGGGAAUGAAGGAAGUAGCAUGGUAUGCACACUGUCAUUUAUUCACCGUCAACAUGCACCUUCCUGUGGGUUUCUGACCCCACACAAGUGAGGAAGGCCUCCACUCUUCUUCCUCCUGCAGACAGGCUACUCUCCUGACCGUUCACUUUCCCCAUGCUGACACACGCUGCCAUCUUUCUCAGGAGGUGGUUCCAAAUAGCCAUUUUUUGAGGACAGGCAAAGCCAGUGUCUGCACUGAAAAACUGAAACGUUGACUUUAAUCAAGUGUUUUGUGUCAACAGAUUUCACAUAACUGUGGUUAGUUGAAAGCAAUAGUAUUAAGUUUAUAUUUUUAAAAAAUGGUUCAACUCGAUAUUAUUGCUUUCAACUAACUUAAUACAGUUAUGUGAAAUCUGUUGACAAAAAACACUUGAUUUAAGUCAACAUUUCAGUUUCUUCAGAGCACUGGAUCGUACAGAAACACUGCAGCGUCCAUCAGCCCGUCACAGUGGUACUGCAGGAAGUGUUGAGAUAGAGAGGGUAGUCAUUGGUUCUUCAAACUAAAUGUUGAGUGUGAUCACUGAGGACUGAAGUGGACCACAGGAAUCCUCUUGUCACACACUGAUACUGUUCUAUUCUUAAUUAUUGUCUCAAUUGAACAAGGACCAUACAUUAAAAUAAAAACAAUGAUCACAGAAAGAGUAGAUGAUUUGUCAGAUUGAGCUUUUAGCUCAUUUCCAUCUUCAGUCCGUGGGCUGGAACACGCGUAACAUUUGUGAAAUAGACUCUUUCACAACAACAAUUUUAAAGUGGACCAAAGCACAGAUCAACAUAUAAAUACCAGCACAUUUAUAAGUGCAUCUAAAAUGUUUUAAUACACAUUUUAACUGAAAAAACAAACUCACUGAUUCCCCUGGACUCUUACCUGGCCCAGCUCCUUUAUUAUAUCCCAUUCCUCUCCCUGACGCUUGUCUUCACUCAAAAUACAUCUGAGCGAAUUCUAAAGAUGUUUAUUGGCCACUGAUAUAAGAAAUAUCAAAUCCCAGAACGUUUGAGCAUAAAAUCUCAGACAAAAAGACAAAGCAGCCUUUCAUUCCCCUGCAUUUCAGUCGUCCGCUGUAAUGGCUUAAGUAACCCUGACCCACAGCAGCUCAUCACAGCACAGGAGAGCCCUCAGAGCUGUGCUUCGUAACUUCAGUCGUCAUUGCAAACCAUAAGAAUUUCCACAAUUACCAGAUCAUUUUAGACAUAAUAAAUACAUAAAUGAUUUGCAAAUAACACAUAAAGUAUGUAUUGCUGAUACUGUAGCCUUCGGAACCCUUUUCUAAAGAAGAGCCAGCCCAGCGAUGGCAGGUCUGUCAGCAUGGUUCUGUCCGUACUGUGAGUCUUAGAAAGACAUAUCAAGCAGGGACCGGAUUUACAGGAAGUUGAAGAUGUAGGUCAAGACAAGGAAUUUUAAAAAACUACUAGCAAACUUUCUGGACGACCCCUUGACCUCUAGUGCCAUUUCUAGGGCCAAAGUGUUGGUUUUGGUACCAGAUAUCUAAUACCUCCAUAUCAUUUCCAUUUAUCAUAAAAGAUAAGGAUGUUUUUUUGAAGUCCUAUUUCAUCAGUCCCCUCUCUGGAAACUUCUCCUACCCCACCUGUUCCUCAAGGUCUUUGUAGUUUUUAGACCAUUACUCUAAGUUACAUGCACAAAUGGAGGGAAUAGUGUGUUUUUUGAGGACUACUUUAAGAGGAGGAUUAAUACCACAGUGCUCUGGUGAGCGUUUGGUCAGCAGGACAGAGGAGGACGACGUUUCAGACACACAGACCACUGAUGAGAUUAAUAAUGAAUAACGCUUAUCCUUUAAAACUUCUCGUGUUUAGCUUGUAAUGGGUCUUAGAAUAGCUCAACGAUGUCUGUGUGUAACAUCUUUUCUCCAGCACUACUCAGUCUGCCAGCUAAGGCUUCUAAUUUUAGUUUGGAGAGUUUCUCAUGUUAAAUUACGAUCCACACCCUAACAUACACCGAAGCAGAAACGAGCUGGAGGCAGAGUGUAUGUUGGGUGAUUUCUGUAUGACAGCGACAGGUCAUGGAGUGAUGCUAACUGUGAGCGCAGCAGGAAGUAGCCACGUCCGCUGGUUGGGAUUUAUAUUUAUGGAUUUUCUGAAAUGUUAACAGAACGCUAUUUUUAAGUGUGUGCUAUAUUUAUUGACCUGUUCGCAGUAUGUGUACAGAUAAUGUAAAGCGAUGUUUGGCACAGAUGUGUUUGUUCAGUAUUUAGUAAGUCUAUAAAAUGUGUGAUGAAAUGAAGUUGAAUCUAAGGAGCAGCAAAAUGUCCGAGGCCAGUUUGUUCUUCGGCCACUUUUCUAAAUAUGUUACAUUCCAACUCUCAAAGGACUGGAAUACAGGCAGAGGAACACUGCUGCACUUUCUCCAUGUGACAUUAGUCUGGGGAAUCGAGCCGUUUCUACACUUAGUUCUUUUUUUAUUGUAAUAUCAACCUUCACAUUCCCUUGUGUUGACAGUUAUGAUGAUUAAUAUAUUGUAAGCUUGCACUUUAUUAAGUUGAAUAUUGUUAUGAUCUAGUUGUUGUGCUUUAAGGAAAAGAAAAAGAAUCCUUCCAUGUGAGCGUUCUUCAUGCCAGCCGUCUCACCGGGACCUUUUUUACAGUUUAACUCGUCUUCGUGAUUUCAAACAUUUCAUGAGCUGUCACUUUCACAGCCUCUGCCUGAACUGUGUCCAGCAUGUUGGCUGAUUUCCAAAAAGUUUUGAAUAUGCAGCAUUGACAUGUUGAGUUACAUGUGUGGAAGCAUCAGAAAUCCUGGUGCUGUAAAGCCAGCGGUGCUCUAAAACCAUGCAUAUCAUGUUUUAUACUCCAUUCUGAGGAAUAUAAACAAAGAAAUGUACAUCAAUCAGGACAGAAAAAAUAAGAAAUGUCAUUUAAACUGUCAGAUAUUGCAAGUUGACAAGUUUGUAUGUUAAGUCUCAAACACUUGUGUUUAUAUGUUUAUUACAUUUUAAUGAAUGGUGUGUUCCCUGAACUGGAAAAUAUUAAAUAUGUGUCCUAAAGGCACAAAAUAAGCAUUAUUUAAUGGAAAAUAUCCCAAACAGUGGAGUGAGACUGUACUCUGAUCAUUGAUAUGACGAUAAAGGUUUCUGUUGACACCGUA